CAGCCUUAUUCUUGUCCGCUUUAUCUCGCUGGUCGGACAGUUGGUCACCAUGACUGAACCUCUGUUUCGUUUCCUGGUGUUGCGACCUCCGGUUGCGCAGAAUCCCGACGCCCCGAGCAUCAGUCUAUCCCAGGCCUCGGACUUUCAGAAGACGCUCUCAGCGGCCCUGAAGUCUAACGAUCCGCGAGGCCAGAGUGAGGCUGCUGCAAGGGCCUUUGUCGCAAGCGAUGCUUUUGUCGGACAACCAGGCCUCACCGAUUUCCAGCGCAAAUUGGCCCAGCUCGGUAGCCUUCUUGACGAGGCGAGCUUUGGUGGCACUCUUUCCUUGCGGAGUGUCGUCGCAGCAAUCAAGAAAGCGUUCGGCAAAGAGCCUGGAGAUGUCAUUAAAAGCAACGAAUACAAGACCCUGCUUGCAAACUUGCGAGACUCUGUAACUGCAAUCAAAUUUGUGCAGGAAGAGCAUUCGCGUCCUAUCGAAGCGCUCGCCAAUCAGAUUCGUGAUCUUGAGCUGAUUGCAAAAGCUGCAAGUUUGUCCAGCGAAAACACAGUUGUUGAAGCAGAAGGCUCCAGUGCCGUAUCUGGCGAAGUGAGAUCUCGGACGGCCUCGGACGGGCAUCCUGCGCAAUGGCAACCGCAGACCGUAUAUAAGAUUGGCGAUCAGGUCAUCUACGACAAUGUUACCUACGUUUGCAUUCAAGCUCAUACGUCACUCGUGGGCUGGGAACCACCGAUGACCCCAGCAUUAUGGGUCCGAGUGAUCAAAGAUGGCCCGGGCACUCCGUCCACCCCAGAUACUAGUUUGCUGCAGUAUCGCCGACGGUCUCUACUACUUCCCUUUGGAACAGAUAUGAAGUCAGUCAUCGCGGGUGGCGACGACUCCGAUCCGCGAAAAGAUGCCGAAGAGCGUGAGAAGCUAGCUAAGAGUCUGCUUGAGGAUCAUGAGAACCUUUCCAAGGCUAUAAACGAGCUUAUAGCAAUCGACCCUAAAAACUUUCAGGCCCUCGAACAGAAGUCGCAUAAAGGCGUUCAGGUCCAGGAUCAGUAUACCUCCAUUCACGUCCUGGCUCGACAGCUGGAACUACAAAGCUCCCUCAGGGACCUGAAUGUCGAUCAAUUUAAGGCAGCUGCGGGUCGCAGUGGUAGUGGUGGCGGCGAUGGCGGCAACGGGCCUAAAAUAAGUGCUGCUGCUGCUGCCGCUGCUACGCAGCUAGAUCCAUUGCAACUCCAAGAUAUCGGAGGCGCUGUAUCGGCCUUGGGCCUUACACGUGAGCUUCUCAGUACGCCAACAGGAUUGACAUCAAAAAGGAGAUUCGACCCAAAGGCUGCCAGUGCACUUGCCCUUAAACUGAAAACGAAUACGCCCUUGACCGAAGGCACAAAAUCCCUGCUGAAAGCGAAAGGAAUUGAUGUUGGUGCAAUUCCAUUACCGGAAAUCGUGAAGGGUUUGCGAGAUGAUAUGAGAGACAAGAUAUCCUCUUUGAAGCUCCUGGCACCGGAUUUUGAAGAAGUGACCGUCACUCGUGUAGGAAACGCACUUGUUACCACAAAAACGCCCGUCAGAUCAAGAUUGGGAAGUUUGCUCACCGGGAAAAAUUUUGGCAAUAUUCUCUCUGCGCUGCCAGUUCUCCCUCCGGACGGCCGCAUUCCUCACACGAAGGGCAAAGCAACCAUAGCUGGGAUGGGGGACCUAUUGGUUGUCAAACAGCAACUCGUUGGCUACGAUGGCGCUGAUAUAGCUCAUAUCGAAAACGUUCUGAAAGGAGAGUCGAAAGAUCGUCAACAUACGUCAACUUCGCGGACCGAGUCCUCGACAUUUGUUGAGACUGAAAUAUCCACCACCGACGAUCACGAACUAUCAUCGACCUCUCGCUUCGAGAUGAGUAAAGAGUCUGCAAACACAAUCAAGGAAGACCAGUCUUUGAAGGCCGGGAUUCAAGUGUCGGCAAAAUAUGGACCCUUUGUUGAAGUCUCCGCCAGUGUCGAAGGUGCCACGUCACGUUCUAAAGAGGAGGUAAACAAAUCGGCUAGCAAGUUCUCCCAAGAUGUCACAGAACGAAGCGCGAAAAAGAUCACGGAGCGAACACUUUCGAGACAGACUCUUACAACUACGAGUGAGAUUGUAGAGAAAAACAAUCAUGGCAUCAACAAUACGUCGGGAACAACCAAUGUAUCCGGUGUGUAUCAGUGGGUGAACAAAGUAUACGAAGCUCAAGUCUUCAAUUACGGUUUGCGGACUAUGUUUGACUUCAUGGUGCCUGAGCCUGCUGCGUUUCUGAUCGAUAUGAUGUCGGAUACCGCUAAUAAAGCGCUUACACUUGAGAAACCGCCUCCCUUUACCCUCACUCCCUCCCAGAUUGACUCCGGAAGUUAUCAAUACUGGGUUCUAAAGUACCAAGCAACAGAUGUCGUCCCACCCCCCGAAGACUAUAUCACGAAAUCCGACCAAGUCAGCAAGGGCGGUGGGGACUCUAAGACGAACUAUUGGCAUUCCGCCACCAUGUCACUUGAGAGUGGGUAUGAGGCAGUGUAUGGCACAGUAACAUGUCUCUGGAAUCAGUGGGCGGACGAUUGCAAUGCUGAUGUAUUUCUGGGUACCGCAACACAUCGAUUCGUCGAUGACGGUCAGUGGGUGUGGAAUACUCCUCUUUCUAACCAGAAAGGGAGUAUCGCGUGGGGAUUUGAGACCUACCGCUUUACAGACGCUGUGCUCAGCGUAGAAGUCCUCUGCAAGGUCACUCCACGUGCAGUGGAUGUUUGGAGAGCUGACACGCACGCUAAACUCUUGAAUGCAUACAACGCGAGGAUGCAAGAAUACGAGGAGAAGCUGUCAACUCUUAAACUCCAGACUGGAAUCGCGAUAGAGGGAAAAAAUCCUGCGGCUAAUCUCGUUGCGAUCAAACAGGAGCUCAAGAAGAAUUGCAUCUCAAUCUUAACAGCACAGCACUAUGACCUGUUCAACUCCAUCAGCACAUCGUCUCUUGGCCUGGCCCAGAUUAAUCUGGACGAGGCAGAAGCAGAAGGGUCCUAUGUCCGGUUUUUCGAACACGCCUUUGAAUGGGAUCAAAUCAUGUACGUCACUUACCCCUACUUCUGGGGUCGCAAGACCAAAUGGACCAUGCGACUUGCUUUCGACGACCCGGACCCCGUUUUCGACGAGUUUCUCAAGUCAGGCUUUUGCCGUGUCGUGAUUCCAGCCCGACCAGGAUUCGAAGGAGCUAUUGACCACUUCCUUAAGUUCGGAAUAUUGUGGAACGGAGGUUCACUUCCAACAAUCUCUUGCCCACUCUUCGUGCCCAUCGCCGACGAGAUUGCCGAGAGGUCGCAGCGACCAGGAGGUGGGGUACCCCAGGGGGAACCUUGGGUCGUGAAGCUCCCGACUUCGCUGGUGAAACUCCGGCAGGAUGACAAACUGCCAAAGUGGAAGAAGACCUCGGAUGGAGUCUGGGUUCCAGAUGAGUAAUGAGCGGCCGUCAGGUCUGUACUGUAACAGGUG